AUGCAAGCAUUCUUUGGUGUGAUGAUAUGUAUGGGUGUUGAUCACAAAUCAACAAUCGACGAUUAUUGGUCGAGUGACCCCUUUCUGCAGAAUAUGGGAAUUGCAUCAGUAAUGACUCGGGCCAGAUUUCAAAUGCUAAUGCGUUAUUUUCAUUUAGCUGAUCCAGUAAAUGACCCACGGCGUGAUCCUGACAUUGAACGUUGUCGUCAACGAUCAGAGGCCGACCCGUUGUAUAAAAUCAACCCGUGGCUGAAAGCCGUACUCGAAAAUUGUCGGCGAUACUACCAGAUGGGACAGGAAUUUUUGAUUGAUGAGGAUAUGAUUAGAUUCAAGGGACGGUCCAAGUUUAAGCAGAGAUUGCUCCACAAACCCGACCGUGAUGGCUUCAAAAUAUGGCAGGUGUGCGACUCGACAACGUCUUACCAUUGCAAACUUUGA